ACCAUGGAGAGGUCAAAGAGCACACCAGACAUGUUGGCCGAGCUGCAGGCGUCUGGCGGCAUCGAGACCGGGGCAGGGACCGGAGGGAAGCUGGGCGGUAGUUGGAGCAAGAGCCGCCCCCCGCCCCCACCCCCCCACACGGGGCAGUACACGGGGGCUCUACACGUGUCACCGACACACAGCAUGGGGCAGGUGAAGGCCGCGGUCAGCGCCGGCCACUACCAGCGUGGCUCGGCAAGUGUCCCAACGACCCCUGAACUCCCCGACAGAGCUCCGGUGAAUCGGCAGACGGCCCCCGGUGCCCCCACGACACCCGAGGUGGUGCGCAUCAACACGGCCAGCAAGAGCAACAGCACCUACGCCAACGUCUCGGCGGACGUGCAGAAACGACUGAAGAAUGAGUCGUCCUAUGAGUCCAGUUUCCGGCCAGGCCUCAACGCCAAAAUGAUCGACAGCCCCCCCAAGGCAGGGGCCCCCCCUUCUGACCAAACUAUCCUGAAGAAAACGACCAACCGCAUGUCCCCGAAGGACGACCGAGUGUCCUUUGCUGAUGACCGUGUCAUGGAAAAUGCCCAAAAGUUUAUCAAAAAACAUCCAAAUGCCACUCUUUUGGUGACUGCCGACAUACACUCGGACAAAGCUCCAUCGGAACAGAAGGGAGCUGGUAGCCCAGAGAAGGCGGUCUAUGAACCGGAGCCAGACUACGAGGACAGUGACGAUGACGGAGGUCACAAGGUCAGCACACUUCGCAAAGGUCACGUCGCUGGUACCACCAACGCCCCGGCACAGACCAAAGCUGCCGUGACGGUUAUUUCCAUCAGCAGCAACGACAAGCCAAAGUCGUCAGGGGCAAUGGUGAGUCCGGCACUGUCCUCCACGCAGACUGGUCACGGCGUCAAGUCCGCCACGUCUAACGGACAGGAUCAGGUCACGCUGACUUCCCCUUCUCAGAGUGCGGCAAGUUCUCGCAGGUCGUCGGGCGUGGCCCUGGCCUCUCUGCCUCAGUCCUCUAGUGUAGACAACUCUCGCAGGUCGUCAGUCCACGCAGACAGCAGCACUGAGGCACACAGGUCAAGGCCGGGCCUCAUGGUUGCUACAGCCAUGACCAGCUCUGUGCCCAAGUCACCGGAGCCUGAGUCAGAGGUCUCGACAUAUGCCCCGCCUCCCCCACCAGUAGCCCCGCCCCCUCCCCCACCCAUGGCCCCGCCUCCCCCUCCCCCCCUCCCCCCUCCUGUAAUGCCAGUGGCAGGCAGCAGCGACUCCACACUUCGUCGCCAGCAGUCAGCGGCCCCGGUUGUCCCGAACCUCGUGUCGUCAGACGACAUCAUGGCCGCCGUCGCAGAGCGGAGGGCUCGCCUUCAGGCAGAGGGGCCGCGGGUGUCGGAGGUCAAACCUUCUCUCCCCACCAACAAAUCAGUUCAUGAGUUGAACCAGGAGGCUUUGAAAGCUGCCGUUGCCAAAAGGAAGUCGCGCAUGGAGAGAGACCAGGACACCUCGGUGGUCACUGACAUAGAGAGUCGCCUCCAGAAGAACAAGAAACUGCAAGCUGCUAAAUUCUUCACAGCAGACACCACGGGCCGCCACAGUUCUCAGACGGGCAAAGAGGAGAAGCCCACCGCUGUCGUUGCUGCCCCCGCCCAGAGCAAGGCUGUAGAGGAAAACAUGAAAAAGUCAGAACCGGAACAGUCGUCUCUGAAACCUAAGGAGAUUGCAGCAAAAUUUGACCCUGGCAAGAACGCCACGCCCCCCAAGGUGUCGCCAGUUCUCCAGACUAAGUCCGUGGCUGGCAAGUGGCCUGCGGGGAGGGAUGCGUCGCCUUCCCCAGGGCCAAAUGUCACAACCUUGGACCUGAAGUCCCGACUGAAGCCCGUGGAGCUGAGAGGUGGCGUUUCCCCGAUCGCGUCCCACACCGCCCCCACCGGGGCCGUCAAAUCCCCGACUGUCAAAACCAAAGCCCCAGCCCCGCCCCCACCAGGUGGGAAAACCUCUCCUGCUCCGGCUGCUUCCUCUCCCAGUGUGAGCACACACAAGCCCUCUCCUGUGCUCACCAGCAAGUCCACCAGUGCCAGUGAACCCAAGCCCGAACCCCCCGAGUCUCCGACCUUGAGCAAGACCCCCGUGUCGCCUUCACAGUCGGCAGACUACAUCACUCUGGCAGAAAAGGCCAGACAAGAAUACCUGAAGAAAAAGGCGUCCGGCAACUUGACGCCAAACGUGGAAAAAAAAGGGCCAGUGGAGAUAACUCCAAGCCGCAAGGGUCCCCCGCGGUCCCCCGUGACCUCCCAGCCACGCCCCCCGACGCUGAUUGACGUGAAGCCUGCGUCCGGGUCUGGGGAGGCGGUCCAGGUGUCCAUCAAAGACCGGAUCAAAAAUCUGCAGGCAGACAAGCCCGUGGCAGUGCAGGGGGUCACGGAGGACCACUCACACACAGAGCAGUCGCUUAGCAACGGGACCAUCAGAAAGCCGAAGAGUAACGGCAGCAUCUCUCCCCCGCCGUCCCUCAUGGCACCGCUCCCCGCCGGUCACCUGGACGACAGCCUCCCGCCACCCCCCCCUCCAGGAUUUGACGACCGGUCAGCCCCCCUGCCGGGACGUGGAGUCCUCAUUGACAUCGUCCCCCCUCCCUCCUCCUUCGGGAACGCGGAGGACCCCGGGGAACCGCCCAGCUCUGUGCCGGCGUUUGGACAAGAGGACGCAGCCAGCUUUGUCUCCUCCGUGUCUUCUCUCAGCACGCUGUCCAGCGAACAAGGGGAGGGAACUGGCCCGGAUAAGAACAUGUCGAUAGAAGACAUGAUUGCCCCUCCCCCUCCGCCCCCUCCCAACUUUGACGAGUCCCAGCUGGGUGACCAGGAAGCCUUCAUCCCCCCACCCCCCCAGUUCCUGGAGCUUGACUCCAACGCCAACGUGAGCAAGUCUAUGGAGAAGACGUCCAAAGCUCUGGCGGGGAAACCUGUCUCGUCCUGGUCGUGCAUGGACGUGCUGGACUGGCUGGACACCCUCGGCCUGCCCCAGUACCGCGUCAGUUUUGCCAAAGCUUGCGUGGACGGGGCCAAGUUGGUGGACAUGGGCCGCAAUGAGUUCAUCAGCCUCGGGGUCACUCAGGUGGGUCAUCGCAUGAACCUUGAGCGGUCGGUGAAAAAACUCAACCUGGCGGCAUCCACCAACUUGUGACCUCUGACCCCUCACUCUCAAGUCUUGUCACUUGGCUGUCGGAGAACAUCGGAGACCCUAUAAAACUGACCACCAUUUUGUGAGAGAGAGAACGUUCCUUUGGUUAAAGAGAGGGGAAGAGAAAAUUGCACUAGCAGCUUUGAGGCAGUGCUACAGUGGCUACCUCUCCUGUCCAUGGAUGUGUAGCCUUCAUCAUACAGUGGCUACCUCUCCUGUCCAUGGAUGUGUAGCCUUCAUCAUACAGUGGCUACCUCUCCUGUCCAUGGAUGUGUAGCCUACAACAUACAGUGGCUACCUCUCCUGUCCAUGGAUGUGUAGCCUACAACAUACAGUGGCUACCUCUCCUGUCCAUGGAUGUGUAGCCUUCAUCAUACAGUGGCUAUCUCUCCUGUCCAUGGAUGUGUAGCCUUCAUCAUACAGUGGCUACCUGGUAGGCCUAGGAGAGUGCUGGCUACAUAAAGGACCUUACUACAUCUGGCUUCUGCCUGGACUUUGUGGGCACUGAGUACAUCGCGCCAUGCUGAGUUCCUCAUGGAGGAAAGAAAACGAUGGCUCCGUCAAUCAGACACUGUCGUGUGACAUGGUUCGUCAGACACCGUCGUGGGACAUGGUUCGUCAGACACAGUCGUGGGACAUGGUUCGUCAGACACCGUCGUGGGACAUGGUUCGUCAGACACCGUCGUGGGACAUGGUUCGUCAGACACCGUCGUGGGACAUGGUUCGUCAGACACCAUCGUGGGACAUGGUUCGACAGACACUUGUGUGACAUGGUUCGUCAGGCAGACAAUGUUGUGUGACAUGGUUCGUCAGCCACUUGUGUGACAUGGUUCGCCAGACACUGUUGUGUGACAUGGUUCGCCAGACACUGUUGUGUGACAUGGUUCGUCAGACACUGUCAUGUGACAUGGUUUGUCAGACACUGUCAUGUGACAUGGUUCGUCAGACACUGUCAUGUGACAUGGUUCGUCAGACACUGUCAUGUGACAUGGUUUGUCAGACAUUGUUGUGUGACAUACUUUUACCUUGUAUCUAUAAAGUAUCAACGAGGUUCAGAACAGCCUUCCUUUGCCAGGGACAGAAAAUGAAACUGGACAAUUGGUACACUUGUGGUGCCUUUCAGAGCUUGACAGAAAAAAUUGCCGUUCUCUUAUGGGAUUUUGGUUGUACGUGUGUACAUUCUGUGAAAGAGAGGCUGACAUCCAACUACAUGUACAUUAUAUGCCGAUGGUGACGUGUCAGUACGGCGUGUUGCUUUGGCGACGCGUGAGUGCGGCGUGUUGCUUUGGCGACGCGUGAGUGCGGCGUGUUGCUUUGGCGACACGUGAGUGCGGCGUGUUGCUUUGGCGACGCGUGAGUGCGGCGUGUUGCUUUGGCGACGCGUGAGUGCGGCGUGUUGCUUGGUCUCUGAGAGGUCUGGCUCCCUAAGGUUUGGUGUGAACACAGCAAGUUCUGUAUGUGGAUGUGCCUGGAGAUAGUACGGAGAUACAAAGUAAAUGUUAUCGCUGAUUGGGAUCAGCUAUUCAGGCGAAUCCGUUGAGACAGAACUCAGCAGUACAUGUGCUCAUUGCACUGGUGCCUACAGAAUUACUCAAGACUUCUUAAUUCUCUGAGCUGAUUGACGGAGGUCAAGAAUGUUGUUGAUCAAGGCACAUAGCUACUAGCUACAUGUGAUUGCUGCUUUGUGAAGUCGGAACAGUUUCUUGCCCUGAGUGCAAGUGCCACGUUGAGCAUCAAGUUUUGGAAAUCAGGAUUCAGCCUGCACUGUAGAGAGGAGCUGGACGAUGGUUAGUGUCUUUUCAGUAAUUGGAUAAAGCCAGAGCCGAUGAAGUUGUUACUUGCUGCACCCUGUAGUUUGCCACAUUUUGGAGGGGAUGUAUAUUAUAUAUGCAGGCCAGCUACAUUUUUCGUUGGAGCUCUAUCAAGUUCAGACAUCAAGGAUGGACCGUGCUGGGAAUAUUGGACCAGGUCGUCUGUUGUGCAACGUUGUGCCGCAGGAAGUGACCUCUGGCAGUUGGUGGGGUCGUCCGCUCGGCCUGUCGUCCUGUCCAACAGACGCGGUGGAUUGCCAGCAUUUUUGUGGAUUCUGUUUCCUACCAACAUACCAUAGUGUUUAUGCAGGAUUUUGUUUAUAGAGGAUGAUUAUUUCUAGAGGCUUCUGUUUAUAGAGGAUUUCCCACUUUUGAUAACUGACCCCGUUGCUUUUUCUUUUUGUUGUGGAUAUUGUAUCCCCCCCCCGACAUCUUCUAACCUUGUUGUGAGCAGAUGAUAUCCCCUUUACAUCUUCAUUGUCAUGGAAAGUGUAUUUGUAGGCAUCAGAAAGCGUCCCUUUUUUUCCCAACAAUGAUGUUUCCUUCCAAGCCUCCCCACACAAAUAUUAUGAUGGUUUUGUUUCUCAUUAUAUUCCCUCAUGCUCUCUCUGUUGGAGGAUAGUUGUUUUCUUCAAGUACAGGCUGAUCCAAAAAAAACUGUACAACUUUUUUUCUAAAUAUCUCUCACAAAAUUUGUAUUAGAAUGUUGUGAUUUGGAACAGAUAUUUAAUUCAUUCAAAAGGAAUUUGUUUGACAUAAAAAUCACAAAGAAAAAAAA